CGUUCCGGGACCAGGCUCCCAGAGGAGUGCUUUGGUGACAAGAGCUGGAGUCCCAUGGCCGGCCCUCCAAAAGAAGUGAAACAUGAGAAUCUUGGUAUAGAUGAGCAGGGAUCACAUUCCAUGGGUCAAAAACAGAACAGUGACAGCUGGCCCACGAAGAGACUACAAACUCUUGCUCUCGGUCUUCAUCUGCAUUUCAACAACCAACUUACACACUACGACUGACAUGAACAUACAAACUUGCUAACUACCAGUU